AUGUAGAAGUAAAACCCAAAUGAGAAAGAGACCUUUUCGAUGUUUUCACCUUCUAUAAAUAUAAAUAAAUAGACAGAUAACAUUUAAUCAGGUCUUUUUAAUAGGGAUUAAUAAUCUGUAUAACAGAUGAGAGAAUAAAUACGAUAAUUAAAGAUGCAACUCAGUAAAACUAAUUUAGAAAAGGAGACUGCUAUUCAAGAGAAUAAUAAGCAAAUAAGAGAAAUUGAGAGAGUUAGAAUAUAUGUUACUUAACUUGAAGCUCGUGUUAAAAUGCUUGAAGAAUCUUUAAUAACACAAUAAACAGAAGCUGAGAAGAAGUUAACCUUAUAAAAGUAUAGUAUAUAUUAAUAAUUAAUAGAUAACAUUUUGAGUAUUUGAAACAAUCAACAAUAGAACGAUAAUAUACAGGAAUGUAGAGUGAUUUUAAUUUAGAGAAAAAUGAUUUAGAAAUACAAAUCAAAUUACUUAAAUAAAGGAUUGUAGAAUUAGAAGAGUAAUUACAGAAGGUUACUUCAAUAGAUCAUAUGUCUGGUUAUGAAGAUUUAUAGAGAUAAAUAGAUUCACUUACAUUACAAUUGUAGAAUUUUAUAAUUAUUAUAAUAGAAUGUCAUAAAAAGGAUAAGAAAGAUAAUUUUUUGAAAAAAUCUAAGAUCUAUAAAAGUAAUUAUAAAUUACUACUACUAAUUAUAAUUAACUAGUUCAUUCAUCAAGACAAGAAAUUGAAGAAUAUGUAAUUAAUGUAAAAAUUAUAUAGAUUGAAAAAGUUACCUUACUUUAGCGUUAAAUAGAUGAAAAAUAAGAAUACACAGAAUAGUUAGAAGUUGAGAAGAUGUCUUCAUAAUUAUAAUUAUCACAUCAGUAAUUAUUUUUAUUAAAUUAUUAAGAGUAUUUUUGGCAUACAAUGAAAUAGAAAGAUUGAAUAUGAAGAUUUUGAAGUUUAAUAAGAAAAUGAAAUAUAUUGAAGAAUCACAUAUACAAUAAUUAGAGGAUUGUUAAAUAUAAUUUUAAAAUUAAGUAAUAAUUAUUAAAUAGAUAAUUAGAUAAAUUAAAAAUAAGUAAACUUAUAAAAAGGAUCAAGUGAAUUAAAAUUAUCAUAUGAAUUGAAAUUAUCAAAUUUAUAAUUAUAAUUAUAAGAAAGAGAUGAAAUGAUAGAAUAAUUAAAAGUUGAAUUGAGAUAAAAAUAAUAAAAAAUUGAUGAAUUAACAAAACAACUUGAUUUGGAAAGAUAAAAAAUGAAGCAAUAAUUUGAAUCAUUUACUGUUUAAAUAAGAGAUCAUAAAACAACAUCAGAAAAAUCUUAUGCUGAAUUAUAAUCUAGUACUAGAGAUUAAAUUAUGAAAUUAUAAUAGUAAAAAUAAGAAUUGGAAUCACUUUUAAAUAGACUCAAAGUUGAAUUAGAAAAUAAUAAAACUUAGAAUUCUUAAUUAUAGAACUAAAUAUAUUAAAUGCAAUAAGAAUAUGAAUAAAUGAAUAAAUCAUAUGAAUCAUAAAUUUCAAAUUUAAAUUUAGAAAUUAAUCGUCUAAAAACAUAAUUAUAAUAAAUUUAAGGGUAUUAUUAUUUAUUUAGUUAGAAAAUCAUAGUUAAGUCUUGAUGAAUUAUAAUACUAAUUGGAAGCAUCAAAAUAAUAAUAUUCAGAGUUAUUAGAACAUCAAUCAUAAUUAUAAAAUAGUGUUUCUAAGAAAAAUGAAUUAUACGAAAGUGAAAUAAAAUUAUUAAAAUAAAAGUAUUUAUUUAUAUUUAUUAUAGAUUAACUUAAGGAGCCAAUGAUUUUGCAAAUCUUAAAAAUGAAUUAGAUAAGGAGAAAGAGGAAUUUAAUAUAUCCUUAUAAGAAUAUUAACAAUAAUUAUAAUUAUUAGAUAAAAAGUUAAAGGAUAAGGAAAAUGAAUUAGUAUAAUUAAAAAGAACAUUAUAAUAAACAACAGAAAGUUAUAGUGAAUAGAUUAUGUAAUUGGAAUUAUAGAUUAAUUAAUUACAAUAAUAGCUACAAUCAUAUUAGACUUAAGCUUCAUCUCAAUAGAAAAAUUUAGAAAAAGAAAAGGAAAAGCUUAAAUAAACUUUAAAAGAAAAGGAAAAUGAAAUUUCAUAAUUAAAAUAAACAAUCAAGACUUUAGAAGAGAAUUCUAGUACAACUAUUUCUUAAUUAGAAAUAUAGAUAAGCAAAAUAUAAUAAUAAUAUCAAAGUUUACAAUAAGAAAGUUAAUAAGAAAAAAAUAAAUUUUAAAAACAGAUUUAAUAAUUGACUUAAUCAAUAACUGAAUUAAAAGAGAGAAUUUCAGAGAUGUAACUAGAAUCAGAUUAAAAGGAGAAUAGUUUAAGUGAAAAUAUGCUAAAAUUAUAGAAUACAAAUAAAGAUUUAUUAAAAUAGAUUUAACUUUUAUAAAAAUAAAUUCAAGAAUAUGAAUUAAAAAUAAAAUUUGAAGAAAAUAAAGGAUCUGAUUUGAAUUUAUAAUUGGAAUCACUUUAAGAGGAAUUAGAGUAAUUAAAAUUAGAAAUGAAGAAUUAAGAAAGAGAGAAGGAAAAAUUGAGAUAAUAAUUAAAGGAUUAAUAGUUGCAAUUUGAUUAAUUACUUAAAUAGAAAUAAGAAUUAGAGUAGAAAUUAUCAAUUAUUAAUUAAUAACAUGAUGAUUUAACUAAUGAAUAUAAUGAAUUUUAUAUGAAUUCUUAAUAAUAAUAAGAAUAAUUAUAAGGGAAUGUAUAAGAAAAAGAGAAAUAAAUAAAGAAUGCAAAUUAAUAAAUAAAUUAACUUAAAUAAAGAAUAUCAGAUUUAGAAAGAUAAAUAAUUUAAAUAACUCAUGAGAUUGAAGAAAGAGAUUCUAAAUAUAGUGAAUUAGAAUAAACUAGUAAUAUGAAAUUAUCUAAAUUAAAUAAUGCAGUUGAGUAAUAGAAAAAGUAAAAUUAAGAAGAUGAAAGAUAAUGGAAAAUAAAAUUUUCAUAAUUGUCUGAUUAACAUGAAGAGAGAGAAAGAGAGUUAUAAUAAGAGAAGGAAGAUUUAUAAUUAAAAUUAGAAUCCUAACUAAAUUAAAUUAAGAAAUCAAAAUAAGAAACAGAAUAAAGAUUAUCAUAAUUAUAAAUUAAACAUGAUAGAUUAGAGAAUACAUAUGAAGAUCUUUUAAGAUAAGAUAAUGAUUUAAAAGAGAGAUAUACAAUAAUAGAAUAAUAAUUUUAAAAUUUAACUAUUGAAAUAAAAUUACUUUAAAAAUUUAAAUUAGAUAAUAAUGAUAAUGAAUUGAAAUUUUAAGCAAUGAAGGAUAGUUUGGAAUCAUAAUUAAAAUUAUUAUAGACAAAAUAUGAUUCUUUAUUAUCAUCUGAAUAACAUUUAUAAGAAGAAAAUAAAAAAUUAGAAGAAUAAAAUAAUAUUAGAAUAAGUUAGUUAGAAGAAUUUAGAUUAAAGUUUGAAACUCAAACAGUAUCAUUAGCAGACUUUGAAGCUGUUAGAUAAGAAAGAGAUGAAUUAACAGCUAAAAACUUUUAACUUGUUUAAUAAAGUCUUAAAGAUAAAGCUGAAUUUUAAAAAAUGAAAAGAGAAAUUGAAAAUUUAAAGGAAGAUAUUAAAACUAAAGAUAAUGAAAUUGAAGAAGCAUAUAAUUUUGCUAAAACUAGAUAAACUUCUGGAGAUAAAUAAAAAAAUGAAACAGAUAUGCUCAAAAUUGAAAAUUAAAAACUUCUAAAUUAAAUUAAAGGAUUAGAAACUAAAAUUAUUGUUUUGAAUGAAGAAAUAGAUAAAUUAAAAAGAUAAAAUGAUGAUUUACAAUAUUAACUUUAAUAGUAAAAAGGUCUUGUUUUUAAACUUGAAUAAUAAUUGAAUAAAUGCAAUUAAGAAAAAUAGAAACUCACCUUAGAAUAUGAUUAAAUUAAAGCUAAAUAUGACUAAGCUUAUGAAGGAAUGAAAAAUGAAUCUAUGUAUAGGGUAAAUUAAAAUAUAAUUAUUUAGACUAGAGAGUCAGUUAUAAAUAAAGAUGACGGUAAUUUUAUAAAAAGAGUAGUACAAACAACUACAUUGAAUUCUAGAUUGGUGGCCUCAUAAUAUUAAGACUAAGAAUUUAAUUGA